AUGGGAGUUCUCUCUUCUUCGAUAAUCCAUCUUUUUCUUAUUCUCCAGCUACAAACACUUUUCGUUUUGUCUCAGAACAUCGUAAACGGAUCUGUUCCUGUCGGAGAAUCUCUCACCGCUUCAGAGUCCCAACAAUUCUCCAGUUCAUGGCGUUCCCCAUCCGGUGACUUUGCUUUCGGGUUUCGCAAAAUCCAACAAAACGAUGGUUUCACUCUCUCCAUAUGGUUCGACAAGAUUUCCGACAAAACCAUCGUGUGGCACGCACAGGUCAACACAAGCACGGGUCUUGUCCCUGCUGGUUCCAAGGUUACACUAACCGCAGGUGGCGGUUUGGUUCUCGUUGACCACCAAGGUCUACAGCUCUGGAAUUCGUCUCUCUCUCCGAGUAGUGGCUCUGUUUAUCGAGGGCGCAUGACUGACGCCGGCAACUUCAUUUUGUCCAGCGAAGAUUCCGGCGUGGAUUUGUGGACGAGCUUUGCUAAUCCAACCGACACUCUAUUACCUACUCAGAGUAUUCAAGUCGGAGGGAGUCUCGCAUCUCGCCGGACGGAGGCAAACUUUACAAAAGGAAGAUUCCGGCUACGUCUAGGUGAUGACGGAAAUCUUCAGCUUGCCGUUCUCAACUCCAAUACAGAUGCAAACUUCAACUACUACGAAAGUGAUACCAAGGAUCCAAACCCAGGGACGCGCUUAGUUUUCAACGAGUCAGGCUACAUGUAUGUUCUUCAAACAUACAACUCGACGAGAUUCCUUGUCAACACGAAAGAUCCGGUAUCUUCUAGAGAUUACUAUCAACGUGUCGUUCUACUGUUCGACGGGGUGUUGUCGCAGUACUAUCAUCCCAAAAGGCAGGGGAGUAACGGUACCGGGUGGCUCUUGUCUUGGGCUCUGCCGGAGAAUAUAUGUCAGCGGAGCUCCUCUCUCGGGAAUAUGGCUUGUGGGUACAACAAUAUAUGCAGUUUGGGAGAUGAUCAGAGGCCGAAAUGUCAAUGUCCCGAGAGGUUCUCGUUGAUGGAUCCUGAGGACGCGUACGGUGACUGCGUACCGGAUUUCCAGAUGCAGACUUGUGGACCGGAGAAAAACAAAACCGCAAACGCAAACGCAAACGCGGAUGUUAAUCUUUACGAGCUUAUCCCUCUAGACCGCACGAAUUUUCCGUCUGGGGACUACGAGAAGUACGAGAACUAUGAUGAAGAAAGGUGUAAAAAAGCUUGUCUUAACGACUGUUUCUGUGCUGCGGUUGUUUUUGGAUUGGAUGGAGUGUGUUGGAAGAAGAAGUUUCCAUUGUCUUUUGGCCAGAGAGCGGCGAUUGGUAAUAUCGACGAUACACGUAAUAGCUAUACACUCCUUAAGGUUUUAACAAGCGCCGCAGAUGUUCAGUCACCGGAAGCAAAGGGGAAAAUCUCAACUGGUUAA